AUGUCCAACGCCAUGAACAACGGGAGCCAGUCUUCCUCACGCGAUCAGCAACAGGCCCAGCACCCUCAGCAGCAAAUGCACCUGGUAGACCCGAUGAUGUAUCAGUACUAUCAACAAGGACCAACCUCGUCGUCGGUACCACAGCUCCCACAAGCAGCCGUUCCCCAAGUCGCUCCUCCGUCAUCGUUACCUUUACAGAUGGAACCCCCUAGUUUUUCUGAUCUGAUGCGAGAGAUUAGCUACGAGCAGAGUGAUGCCCUACAUGCUGCAGCACGUCAAGUGUCCCAGCAACCCGGAAUAAUUCCGUCGACCAACUACAACCUUCAACCCGGUUCGUCAAGUGCUCGUACGAGCAACGUCGGCCCCAUUCGUCGUCGCUUACGGGGGGAUCCUGCAGCACGUUCUAGUUCUCUAACUCCAAUGCCUCCUGUGCAAACUAGCGGCUCGACUGGAUGGCAUCUCGCGGUCCCGGCGUCUGCGGACGAGACGAGCUUUGAAAUGUUUCCUUGCGAAUAUUGUUCUGCAUCGUUUUCUAGAAGACAUGAUCUCGAACGCCACAAAAGAGGACACUCUGGAGAAGCUCCGUACAUGUGUCAGGGAUGCGGCGCCAAGUUUACUCGUUCAGAUGGUCGUGGACGGCACUGGAAGUUGCAACCAGACUGCGAGCAGCGCCAUUUCCAGUUUGGUGGCGGUGGUCGUCGGCGCGGUGCGAGCGGUUCGGGGUCUAGCUCUGGCGGUGCUGCUAGCAUGCGAGGACGCUCGACAUCGUCCCAUAGCAGCCCACAGGCGUAG